AAUGGAAUUAUAAAAAUACUAAAAUAUAUCUAUUAUAUUUUAAUUAAUAUUAUAAAAUUUUAAAAUAAAAAUAUUUUCUAUAAUUUUAAAAAUUAAAAACUAUAACUUACUAAAUAUAAUUUUCAUAUUUAUUAUAAUAUUAUGAUUUUUGAUAUUUUUAUAAUUAUAUAAAAUGUAAAUAUUGUUAAUUUAUUAUUUAACCGCUGAUGUAUUUGGUAGUUAAUCAGUCAUAAGUAUACCGCAAACGUACAAAUUUCUAACCGCAUAACCAGUCGUACAAAUUUCUUAAAACCGCUAGAAACCGCAACCAUCCGCAUCCGCAAACACCCGCAGCCGCAACCGCAACCGCUGCGUUUGAACCAGUCAGACCUUAAUAAAGUGAAAAUUCAAAAGCAAUGGAGCAUUGGGUGAAAAUUGAUUUGUUUUUCACUGCGACUAAUGGCUUCGAUGAUCAUACGAAUUAAAAAAAAUACUUCGGUAAUUUAGGACUAGGGGCAUCUGUGGGAUUAUGAAAUGUCCAACAGUGGUUUCCUAUAUACCUAAUUAAAUUUAGUUUUAUAGGUGUGUAGUGCAAAUUCCAUUUUUUUAAUUGACCGAUCCCUGUGCUACAAAAAACAAUUAAUAUAAAAAAUAUAAGAAACGUGGUGCACAGCCUGGCUUAUGCAAAACACAACGUGGGCUGCUCACGUUCUACAUCUUUUGACUUUGGACUCCAUAAAAGCUCCAGGUAGAUGUGCACACAAAGCUACAAAAUCAGAAAAAAGCGACAAGAUGUUUACUUUGCUUUCGUUCGCUCUGGUCGUCGGAUUCAUUGCAGCGGCUUUUUAUCUUUUUCGAUCAAAGCUGAAUGUUCCACCAAGUCCGAUAGGUUUCCCGGUGAUCGGACACCUCCACCUGCUCAAAGAUCCAGUUCACCGUUGCCUGCAUGACCUCUCUCGAAACCUCGGUCCAGUGUUUUCGCUCAAGCUAGGCUCUUGUCGAGCCGUGGUCGUCACGUCAGCUUCCGCAGCGGAGGAGUUUUUAUCUCACGAAAAUGAUGUUGUUUUCGCAAACAGGCCUAUCAGUACUUUGGGUAAAUACGUUGCUUACAACAACUCUAUAGUCAGCGUAUCUCCCUACGGAGACCACUGGCGAAACCUCCGCCGUAUCUGCACCGUGGAGAUCUUCUCCGCCGCUCGUCUCAAAGAAUCGCUCGAGAUCCGGAGAGACGAAGUGAGGUCUCUCGUUCAGACGAUCCACAAGGCGACGACAUCAGGAGGAGGAGACAACUCUGUCCGUGUGGAGCUACGACCGUUGCUCUCUGGGUUUACUUUGAACGUCCUUAUGAGAACGGUCGCUGGAAAAAGAUACUACGGCGAGGAUAACGCGGAAGCAAAGGAAGUGCGGGAGCUGAUAAGCGAAACGUUCGAGCUCGCAGGGUGUACUUAUGCUGGUGACUUUCUUCCGAUUCUGAAGCUGUUCGAUUACAAUGGAUACGUUACGAGAGUGAAGACACUUGGCUCCAAAUUGGACAAGUUUCUGCAAGAACUGGUGGACGAGCACAGAGGAAACAGAGGAAAAACAGAGUUCAAGAACACAGUGAUCACUCAUUUGCUUACUCUUCAAGACUCGCAACCUGAGUACUACACUGACGAGAUCAUCAAAGGACUCGUAAUGGUGAUGAUAGUUGCCGGGACCGACACAACGGCAGUGACAUUGGAAUGGGCUAUGGCUAACCUUGUAAAGUAUCCAGAUGUUCUAGCGAAAGCUAAGACGGAGUUAAACAAUGUCGUCUCAAGUAAAGGGCGUUUGAUGGAGGAAUCUGAUACAAGCAAUUGUACAUAUCUCAAUAAUGUGAUCUCCGAGACUCUUCGACUGUAUCCUGCUGGGCCAAUGCUGGUCCCACAUGAAUCUUCCGUUGACUGCAAAGUAGCUGGUUAUGAUAUUCCACGUGGUACAUGGCUAUUCAUCAACGCGUGGGCUAUUCAGAGAGAUCCCAAGGAAUGGGAUGAACCUGAGGCUUUUAAGCCGGAAAGGUUCGACAGUGAAGAAUUAAAGACCCAUCAUGGUAAGUUUCUACCAUUCGGAAUAGGUAGAAGAGCGUGUCCUGGAAUGGGGCUGGCCCAAAUUGUAUUGAGCUCAGCUUUAGGGUCGUUGAUCCAGUGUUUCGAUUGGGAGAGGGAUGACGAGAUGGCAGUUGACAUGUCGGAAGGAACCGGUCUUACCAUGCCUAAAGCUGUGCCUUUAGUUGCCAAGUGCAAGUCUUCACCAAUCCUAGACAACGUUGUAUUCUAAUUUCUCUUAAUGUGUUUUUAUCGUGAUCCUACACAACGUUGGAAGGUCAUUUUACAUUGCUAAUAAGAAAACUCUUCUUUUA